CUGGCAACAUUUUUUUUAUAGCUGUCAAAGUUUGAUUUUGUCUAUAGUCUCUUUUUCUUCUGUUUGUCAAGAUGGGUAUCGACAUCAACCAUAAACACGACAGGAAAGUUAGGCGCACCGAAGUCAAGUCUCAAGAUGUAUACUUGAGAUUAUUAGUAAAACUAUACCGAUACUUGGCAAGACGUACAAAUGCUAAGUUUAACCAGAUCAUUUUGCGGCGUUUGUUUAUGAGCCGCAUCAAUCGGCCUCCGAUUUCGCUGUCGAGACUGGCUCGUCACAUGAAGAGGCCCACCCGUGAGGGGCUUAUCGCCGUAGUGGUUGGAACCGUCACCAACGAUGUGAGGCUUUACACAGUCCCCAAAAUGACAGUGGCCGCACUCCACGUCACUGAGAAGGCCCGCGCUCGCAUCUUAGCUGCUGGAGGAGAGAUCCUGACAUUCGACCAGUUGGCUCUUCGUGCGCCAACUGGCCGCAAGACCGUGCUGGUUCAAGGACGCCGCAACGCUCGUGAAGCAGUCCGUCACUUCGGCCCUGCUCCAGGGGCUCCUCGCUCACACACGAAGCCCUACGUGCGUUCAAAGGGACACGAGCGUGCGCGGCCGAGCCGUCGCUCCAACGUGUAAUCUUUAAAUAUAAGGACUACAGUCUAA